GAAACCGACGAGUUCCAUGUUUGUAUCUUGAAAUUGAGAGCAGAGCCGAACUCCAUGUUGUAACAAAGUUGCCAUUAAAGUAUCGAAACUUUUUUUUUGAUGUUCUUUGUUGUGGUCAAGAAAGAAAGGAACCGUCUCCAGCUGUGCGCGUGAUGCAUUUCCUGGAGUGCUGUUAGGAUUUCUGGGACGCUUUAGCGUGGGGAAUUUUGCUCAGUUGUGUGGUUAGAAGUUUAGAAAGUGCAGAAGUGCGGGAUUUUUGCGGGGCUUCAUGGACGUGCCGUCAUCCAUCAUCACGCAAGUGAGUCGGGAUGAAGAGCCGAGCGCUCCUCUGCGGGACAAAGGUGCUCCAGUGCAUGCGGCGUCGAACUCAAAGAAGCCCCGCAAGCGUGGCUUUUUCCACAGCCUCUUCUGCUGCAUGUGUCAUGACGAAACAGAUCAGCUGCCCGUCAACAACAACGCACCACUUCUGGUGGAAGAGAAUGGAACCAUCUCAAAAGUGCCAGCUAAGCCGCUCCUUCCCCAGAUCAAGUCUAAAGAUGUAGGAAAGAUUUGCGUAGUGAUCGAUCUGGAUGAGACGCUAGUGCACAGUUCAUUCAAGCCGGUGAACAAUGCUGAUUUUAUCAUUCCGGUGGAAAUUGAUGGAGCUGUACACCAGGUGUAUGUACUGAAGCGACCUCACGUUGAUGAGUUCUUGAAGCGAAUGGGCGAAUUAUUUGAGUGCGUGUUGUUCACUGCAAGCUUAGCCAAGUACGCAGAUCCCGUGUCAGACCUGCUGGAUAAGUGGGGCGCCUUCCGCUGCCGUCUCUUUCGAGAAUCCUGCGUUUUUCAUCGUGGAAACUACGUCAAGGACCUGAGCCGACUGGGCAGAGACCUCAACAAAGUGAUCAUCGUGGAUAACUCACCAGCAUCAUACAUCUUCCACCCAGACAAUGCUGUACCCGUAGCCUCUUGGUUUGACGACAUGUCUGACACAGAGCUGCUGGAUUUGAUCCCGUUCUUUGAGGGACUGAGUAAAGUGGAUGACGUGUACGCUGUGCUCAAACAGCAGAGGACUAGCAGCUAGCGUGAUCGACGGAGCAGCUUUCACCACGGGGCCAGGGAGGCUGGCGGGGUUCGGAACGUCACCUCCCUGCUACAUGGGAUCUGUCGCCGGCUCACUCCUCAUCACCUACCCAGAAUUCCAUUCGCAGGAGGUUUGACGGAGAAGCAUAAAGUUGAUGGAAACCUGAUAUGGCUAGAACAAUGGAACUGUGAAGGACUGCUUUAUCUCCCACAUACACAAAAAAAAAAUGUAUCAAUUUUUAA